UGGCAAAUUUCCUUAUAUUAUCUGUUUUCUUAUAUUCUUUAUAUAUAAAUAUUAAUAAAAGAGACAGCAAAAGUGAAGAGUGGCCACCCGGUCCUCAGCUCAGCUGACACACCUCAAAUAGCACACUCCCUCACUCCCUCUCUACCAUACCACCUCUCUCUCUCUCUCUCAUCUUCCCGCAAAAAAAACAAAGAAAAAGCAAAGAAAAUCUCUGGAGCUACAAGAAUCCUACUGAACUUAAUUCAUCUGGGUUUUAUUCAUAAUAUUCAUCUUCCUUUUUACUGCAACCCAAAAAGCUUUGAUUGAUUCCCUUCAACAUAUAUUCCCUUCUUCUCCCACUUGCUCUCUCGCUCUUCUUUUUAGUAUAACUUACUUUCCUCAAACUUUCCUUAUACUCCCUGAUUUUCUCCUUGUCUCGACACCUUCUCUUUAAUUCUCGCAGAAUCCCUUUCGCUUUCAAUGCCAAUUUGAAACCCAUCCUUCCUUCCACACACCAUGUUUCCUACCAAAUACACCGAACACCACAGCCACAUCACCACGCCGGAAUAUUCCCCCCACCGCCCCCCCAUCAAGACCCUCCGCGUCUCCGUCACCGACGCCGACGCCACCGACUCCUCCAGCGACGACGACGACCCUCACCUCAACCGACGCCGAGUCAGAAAAUACAUUCACCAAGUCACACUUGUACCCUGCUGCUCCGACAGAAGGCGGAGCGCCGCCGCAGGAAGAAAACCCAGGAACGCGACGGGCAAGAAGUUCCGCGGCGUGCGGCAGCGCCCCUGGGGGAAGUGGGCCGCGGAGAUUCGAGACCCCAUGCGACGCGUGCGGCUGUGGCUCGGCACCUACGACACGGCGGAGGAGGCCGCCAUGGUGUACGACCACGCGGCCGUCCAGCUGCGUGGGCCCCACGCGCACACCAACUUCUCCCCAUCCCCGGGGUGCAACACCACCUCCUCCUCGCACCACAGUGUCACGUCACCCAACUCGGUCCUCCGCUUCUUCUCACCUCAAGCCGACUCGUCUCUCGCGUCCUCGCCGGCCGCCGCCAUCGACUCCGCCGAUGCAUAUUUUCCGAUAUUCCCGUUGAGCGACGAUUCCUUCUCGGAGUUAGAGGACCCGGUAUCCGUACCCGGUUUGUUUGAUCAAGAGACUUUCUGGAGCGACUUGUACGGAACGGAUAUCGGGUGGUGCGGCGAUGCGGUUGUCGGGUCGGCUACGGAUUUGGGGGCCAGAUUCGGGUCGGGCGAUGAUUUCUUCCUUGAAUUUGGGGAUGUAUUCGGGCCGGAUCCGCUGGUUGCCCUUUGAGACUUGUGUAGAGACGUUUGUAAUGAAAAUCAGCAAACUAUAUACAAAUAUAUUUGCAGAGUUUUCGCAAGUUUUGAUAAAUAGAAGCAGCACUUACUACUAAACUGGAAAGCCUUUGUCUUAAAUACCUAUGUUUUUUUGGGGGGGGGAUGAGUUUUAGUUUGGGUUUUGGACACUCUCGAAUGUAAAAGUGGAGUGUUUGUGAGUAAAUGAAAUGUUAUUAUAUUACCUUAAACCAUGUUAAAUAAAUGGAAUUUGUUCUACGC